AAACUGUCAACAAAACAUUUUAGAGCGGUGCCCUGACAGAAAUUGCAACAUGUAAAAACUUCAUAUAUCUUUCCUGUUUCCAAAUACACACGUACAGGUAGAAGUUGUUCGUAGUAUUUUUAAAGACGAGCUGUGAAAAUCGUAGCAAUGUACUGCUUCGCUCAAAAAUUUGGGUUUGGAUUUCUUUGGAGGAACAUAAAAGUAGACAUUGUGAGAUUGGAGACCAUUGUGGGGAUGGCAAUAUGUGAACCAAAGUAACAGGUUCACUCUCAACAUUCCACCGCCAUGGACAACUCUAGAGAUAUACCUUCACAAAGUCUGACACCAGACAGAGACAGGUUUGAAGACUGGCAACCAGUGUCCCCAGAACAUAAAGAACAUAAACAGUUUGUAGAUCCGAGCAAGGAGACACCUGACCUUGCUAACCUUACCAAUGGUGUCUGUGAUGCUCAUGGGGAGGCUGACGAUGAUGGGGAGGCUGACGGUGAGGCAGAUCUGUCUUCCACAAGCCUUGAACACUUGUCUGACACAGCCCUCAAUGAUAGACUCACUGUACUUACUCUAGAUUUCAAUGAUCUCACAUCUCUUCCUGAGUGUAUUGGGCAGGGUGCUCCAAACUUGAGGAUUCUGUCUGUGAAUGGUAAUCAGUUGAAGACAUUGCCACAUAGCAUUGGAUCUCUCCAACGUCUAGAGGAGAUUCAUCUGAAUGAAAAUUGUCUGGAGUUUAUUCCAGAUUCUGUGUGUAGUUUGAAGAGGUUGAGAAUAUUAAGACUGACUGGAAAUAGUGUUGAAAAGCUGCCUGAUGACUUGGGUGAGAUCAAUGCCUUACAAUCACUCACCAUUGAUGAGAACAGUUUGUCACACCUCCCAAAGACAUUUGGACUUCUUGAAAAUUUGCAAACAUUUGAAAGUAAUACAAACAAGUUGACAUCCCUACCAUCAGGAUUUGGAAAGUUGAAAAACUUGAAAAUUCUUAAUCUCAGCAACAACCAAAUUGAAAGACUUCCAGACAAUUUUGGUGAUUUGAAAAGUAUUGAAUUUCUAGAUGUAUCAGGAAACCAAAUUGAACACUUGCCAAAGUAUUUUAACUCUAGUCAGACACUGAGGAAGUUUUAUGCAGACUGCAACUUAAUUGGAGAGUUACCUGACUGGAUAUCCCAGCUACCGCAGGCUGUAGAAGUGUCAGUGAAAGACAAUAAGCUGAGUCACCAGGCUGUCACUGAAACAUUUGGUCAAACAAACCAUCGAUUGAAGGUGUUAGACAUGAGUGGUAAUUUCAUGACUUCGUUACCGAACUCAAUAGGAGAGUUAACAGAGUUAGAGACUUUGCAUCUUGGAAGUGUUAUUGAUGAACUGGAACGACGAAACUUUCAGAAUGGUAACUGGAUAUCGCAGUUGCCGGUCACAUUUUGUCAGAUGGUGAAUCUCAAGGAACUUCAUCUUGACGAGAACCAAAUACAAGAACUGCCUGAAGACUUUGGAAAUUUGGUUAAUCUGGAGUUCCUAGAUCUUGGCCAGAACAUGCUCCAUGAGUUGCCCGACUCGUUUGGGAACCUGCGGUCCCUGAGGAUCUGCCUCCUGUCCAAGAACCACCUCCAGCUGCUUCCAUCCAACUUCGGGCAGCUCACAGCGCUGGUGGAUCUCAGGAUGGACAAUAACAUGAUUGCUGAGUUGCCAGAAUCAUUUGAGAAACUUGUUCAGCUGAAGACGUUGGAUCUCUUCAACAACUUGUUAGCCCAUGUGCCGUCCUGUCUCCAGCACUUCAACCAUCUAGUCAGACUGGACAUUGAUGAGAACAAGCUUGGAAUGCCCCGUCACGAGGUUCCGAUGGUGGUGCGGCAGUCCAAGUACCCCCCACGGGAUCCCUCCUUGAAGGACAACUGGAGGGGCCGACCUCGCCAGGACCUAACUGGCCUUGAAUCCUCCAUCAUCCAGGUUAUUGAUGCUGGGCCUCUUACUGGAGUGGAAGAACGGCAGGAAGAGGACUCGGAAAAGUACAGCGAGCAGCAGCUGGAACUAGCUGCACGCAGAAACAUGUCCAUCUGGCGAUCUCACGAUGGGCCCACGCAGCGGGAGAAGUUUGUCAGGGGAGAGAGUGCUUUCCGGAAUUGGCUUUCACGGAAUAAGACAUUUGCAAAUGUGGCAAGUGAGGAAGCUGAGAGUGAGGGUGCUGGGAGCAGCGAGGGGGAUGAAAGUGAAGAGGAAGAUGAUGAUGACGGCUAUUGCAUUAGCUACUCGAAAAAUGACUGGGGUUCGGCCAGUUGGAACGAGGAAGACAACUGGGAUCUCCCCUCACAAACAUCCGCCGAUACCCAGACCGAAACAGUCGGGGAAGAAGAAAUUGGUGGAGAAUGUGAGAACUGGGAUGAGGAAAUAGGGGAGCAGUUCUCCAGCAGCACAGAUCCCCCACCUGUGUCUCAUCACCCAACAUGGACAGAGGCUCACCAGCCCACCAAGGACCUUCAAACACUCUUCUUUGCGUUUGAUCUCCACACACCGUCCAUCCCUCGGAACACAUCAGCUGUCACCUUCCCAGAAGAACCAGGGCAGUAUGACGAUGCAGAUUAAUGAACCGCAAACUGCUUCAGCACCAUGGCUGGGGCUUCUUACAGAAGAUGAUGUUAGUGCUACAACUAUUGUAUAGUGUAUGGAGAACUUAAAUUGUUUUGUUGAUUGAGAACAUUAUCUGAGCAAACCAAUAUCUGAGCAGGGAUUUCGGAUACUCUACAGGUUUCUCAUUUUCAUGUCUGUAUGUUGAGCAUAAAUUCCAAAAGGUGAUUCCAUUGUUCUGUGGUGUGAAUCAGUCGGUGAUUUACUUUGCGUUGUUUGAUAGGCAUUCCUCAGAAGUUGACAGAUGACAAAGUAGACACAAUUUAUGGAUAACAACUUCUUUAUUUUACUGUAAUGGCGAUGUUUAGGUUUACGGUAGAUAUCAUGCUUGACUAUGGUAUAAGGAUCUAUACCAAAAGAUUGCCAUUACAGUAAAAUAAAGAAGUUGUUAUCCAUACCUUGUGUCUACUUUGAUUUACUUUGCAUUCCUAUCUACAGGUAUACUGGUAGUUUACGUUAGGUUUUUUAGUCUGGUUAUUUUAUCUUUUUUGGGAGUGCGGGUUUUCACACAUUGUUCUCAGUAUGAAAUAUGUUUUUGCAAUGGAGUUUGUUUAUAUAUAUGCAGGGUUGCUUCAAUUUUGGUUUGGACAGAUGUUUGCCGAUUUGUUAUUAUUAAGCAUACAAUAGUUAUUUAUUUUGGAUAUUGAUAUAUUUGUUCAGAGUAACAUAUUACUUUUGAUAUCUCCUGCUGGAAGGAGGAAAAGCUUUUUACAUUUCAAAAUAUAUUUUGUUACUUUUUAUGAAACCAUACAAUGUUCAAACGUUUCAUGUAAGAUUUGAAUAUCCAACAAAUUUUAGAUGAGAUGUUUUAGUUAUGACUUUAUGUUUGGAGAGAUCAUAUACGUUCAUUGGUGCAAAGGGACCAUGCAGAUCCGGGGUAGAACAGGUCUACAGAAACCCAUGCUUGUCAUAAAAGACGACUACCGGGAUUGGGUGGUCAGGCUCGCUGACUUGGUUGAUGCAUGUCAUCGUGUCU